AUAUUGAGCUGAAUAGGUUGAAAGUGUCACUGUUUUAAAAGCUAGCUUUGAGCAUAGUAACUUUGAAGCUGUUCAAAUAUGGAUAGCAAGCCGGCUACUCCUCUGUCCGAGCAAAGUGAUAAAACUAAGAAGUAUGAUAGACAACUCAGACUCUGGGGAGACCAUGGGCAGGCGCUGCUGGAAGCUGCUCAUGUCUGCCUCUGUGGGUCCAGUGCAGCGAUGUCAUCUCAAGGAUUAGGCAGCAGUGGCGUGCUGGGAGCAGAGGUGCUGCGGUCGCUUGUCCUGCCCGGCAUAGGCAAGGUUACGGUCCUUGAUGACGCCUUAGUAACUCAAUGUGACCUGGACAAUAAUUUAUUCGUGAGUAAAGACAGCCUCGGUAAGCCGCGCGGCGAGCAGCUGCUGCAGUGUCUGCUGGAGAUGAACCCCGACGUGCGAGGCAGUCUUGUGGAGCAGAGCACCGAAGGCAUCCUUAGCACCCAGCCCAACUUCUUUGACGGCUUCAGUGUUGUUGUGGCAGUUAAUAUGCAUGAGAAAACGCUGCUGGAGUUGUCGGAGUGCCUGUGGAGGGCCAAAGUUCCCCUGGUCGUGGUGCGCAGCUAUGGCUUCAUAGGCUACAUCAGAAUACAAGUCGAGGAAUUAACGAUCGUUGAAAGUCACCCUGAGAACGAGUUGCCAGACCUCCGCCUGCUCGAUCCAUUCCCCGCCCUGAAGAAAUAUUUUGAUUCUGUUGAUCUUGAGUCGCUGUCUGACAAGGAUCACAGCCACACGCCUUAUGUUGUUAUCAUAUAUAAAUUUCUGCAGAAAUGGAUUGAGGAACAUGGAAGACCGCCUCAAAACUACAAGGAAAAGAAGAUGUUUGGGCUGAUGAUUAGGGACGGCAUGAGACAAAAAUCUUCGGGGGAGCCAGAAGAGAAUUUUGAAGAAGCGAUCAAGGCCAUAAACACCUGCCUGGGGGAUUGCAGGAUACCUUCAUCCCUGGAGGAGCUGUUUGCCCUCCUACCCUCCCCCAUCACCCCUGCGACGCCCCCCUUCUGGCUGGUCCUGGCAGGACUACAGACUUUCCUGGAGGAGAACAAGCGACUUCCUGUGACAGGCGUCGUGCCUGACAUGACCGCUGACUCUGCCAGCUACAUCGAGAUGCAGAACAUUUACCGGGAGCAAGCUGCCCUUGACAGCGAGGCGGUGCUACGUCACGCGCAGGACCGCUGCCAGCAGCUCUCCUGUAGGACCUCCUCCCUCGCCGAGACCCGUCCUGCCAAUGGGGAGGUCAAAGGGAGCGGAGGGCUGGUGUCAGAGUCACAGGUGCGACUGAUGUGUCGCCACGCGUCACAUCUUCGCGUCAUCCACGGCACCAGCGUCGCUGCUGAGUACUGCGGCAAAGUCAACCUCGGUGGAGGGGAGGUGGAGGUGAGCGACAGCGACGUCGUCUGGUACGUCCUCCUACGGGCCGCUGACGUCUUCCACUCAGAGUUCCGGUGCUGGCCAGGCUACCAUGACCAUCAGGUCGAGGCUGACAUCGUCAGGCUCAAGGUGUGCGUCAACAGGCUGUUAUCAGAGUGGGGGGGCGGUAGCGCCCCGGUGUUCACCGUCAAGGACGACCACAUCCACGAGAUGUGCCGCUACGGCGCCGCUCAGAUCCACAGCGUGGCUUCAUACGUAGGAGGCUGUGCAGCGCACGAGAUAAUCAAGUUAAUAACAGCGCAGUAUGUUCCUCUCAACAACACCCUCAUCUAUAACGCUGCUACCGCUACCUCCUUAACUCUAACGCUCUAACCAAAGCUCCUCUCCAGAUUAUUUAAAUGUCCUAAUUUCAAAUAAUAUCUAUAAUUCCUAUUUCAAAUGUUUCCAGUGCUCUAUUUGUCUCUUAUAAAAUAGAGCUGAUGAACGUUUACAGGCUCUAAAUACGUAUAAAAGUAAGUUCUGGCUCGAAGAAAUGUUUUUAGGCUCGUGAAACGUUUUUUUUUUUUUUGCUCGAAGAAACGCUUUUUGGCUUGAAGAAACUUUUUGUCUCAAAGAAAUGUUUUUUGGCUCAAAUAAACUUUUUUUGGCUUGAAAAAAACUUUUUUUUGCCUGAAAAAAAAACUUUUUUUUGCUCGUAAAACGUUUUCAGGCUCGAUAAUACGUUUUCAGGCCCCAAGAAAUGGUCUAAAUCGCGAAAAAAUGUUUUUAUAAUGUAGAAAAUUUUUCAGCUAAUUUUCGAUGUGGAUUCGUAGCAGGAGUAGACUACUGGUAACCUGUGCAGUGUGCACGCAUUUCCAGUCAAAAUAUUUGUCUCUUUAUUGCUUAGUUUCAUUUUGUUAAAUUCUCAUUAUCUUUUGUAUUCAAGAACAUUGUAAUUCGAGAAGAGAUUAUACGUUUCAUAGUUAUGAUCAAAUGUAAGUAUUAAAAAAUAGUGUCAUUUUCCAUUGGCUGCAAACCUGUGAUAGAUUUAUUCUUACAUCUGUUCCUUGUUUAUUUGUUAAUCUCAGAUUUGACCGUAAAUCUGUGAAAUUUCUUACAAAUCUGUGAAAGAUUUGACCGCUAAUCUGUGACAGAUUUUUUCGCAUAUUUGUAAAAGAUUUAGCCUCCAAUCUGUGGCAGAUUUUGCUCUAAACUGUGGAAGAUUUAGCUGCAAAUGUAUGUAGCUAUGAGCCCAAACCUGUACCCUGAAUGACAUCUUUUUCCUUAAGAAAACAAACUGAAGACGA